AUGCUGCGAGCAGCAUCCCGCGCCGCAUUUGCGGCCUCCUUCUUACUAGUAACCAUCGCCAAUGCGCUUCCUCACGGAGACGAUGAAUCCAUGGAAAUGGACAUGGGUAUGAACAUGGAAGAAACAGCAAAGUCGGAGCCGCCUAAAGACGCAAACGAUGAAUCCCCCAUGAGUUAUUUCGCAUACGGAAAGCAUUCGGGAACCAUAAUGGCUCACAUCGCUCUCAUGAUCAUUGCAUGGUGUUUCGUCCUGCCUACAGCCGUCAUGUUCAGUAUCGCGCGCUCGCGAUUUGCACUGCCGUCGCAAUUUGUCUUCCUGGUGUGCAAUGCCUUUGGUUUGCUUAUUGGAAUUAUCUACAACAGUCAGACACCUGAUCUUUAUGAGAACAAUGCUCAUCACAAGAUGGGAUGGAUUGCGACCUGGGUCAUCAGCGCACAGGUCGUUAUGUCGCUGAUCUUCGCAUAUGCUGGUAGAGGCGAGAGAGUAAAGGCAUACGAGCAGGAAGCAUUCCUCCCUGUGCCCACUGAUGAAAUGUCUGAUAAUUUACAUCCUUAUCCGUCGGGGAUCCAUCAUGCCUAUCGCUGGUCAAAAGACAGCGGCCAGGGCACCGAAAGAAACUCCUCCCUUCACAGUCGGCCAAGUUCACCUUCCUGCUCAUCUCCGUCGGAAGAAUAUGAUACCUUUGAGAAGCCCGAGCAAGUGCUCGAGAAGCCUGCUGACGGCGGCUGGCUACAUAGCACCAUUUUAGGUCGCUUUUUCGCCAGUCGCGUGCCUGGCAUGGUAUCUAGUCGCGUCCUCCGGGUCUUGAAUGUUGUAUCCUUGGUUAUUGACAGGAUUAUCCUGCCUUUCGGCUUCGUCGCUAUUGCAACCGGUGCUGUAGCUUAUGGUGGCAUCAUGCGGGGAAGCGAAGUCUUCAACGGUCUGGCGCACUUCAUCAAGGGUGGAAUCUUUUUCUGGUACGGUCUGUUGACCCUGGGCCGCUGGAUGGGCUGCUGGGCAGAUUUUGGCUGGGCGUGGAACGUCAAACCCUCGAGCUCCAUCGUCGGCAAAUGGAAGGCGAAGAUUCCUACUGGCGAGUUUACCGAAUCCUUUGUCAUCUUCCUUUACGGGGCAAGCAAUGUCUUUCUGGAACAUCUGGCUGGCUGGGGGGGCGCAUGGACUGCCACGGACCUUGAGCAUGUGUCGAUUUCGAUCAUGUUCUUCGGCGGUGGCCUGUGUGGCAUGCUAUUCGAAUCCAAGCGCGUCAGAGGCUGGUUGAACAGCACUGUUCUACAAUUUCCCGCUCAUGCCGGCGUACAUGGUUCGGCAGACCCUGCUUGGCAGACCCCUGACACGCAAGGCGUCUCCCUCAAUCCAAUGCCUGCGCUUGUUAUCCUGCUUUUGGGAAUGAUGAUGGGAUCUCACCAUCAAACGAGCAUGAUUUCGACCAUGGUGCACAAGCAAUGGGGAAAUCUUCUCGUUGGGUUCGCCUUGGCUCGUGGCAUGACGUAUGUUUUACUAUACCUCAAGCCUCCGACCUCCUAUCUUCCGUCGCGUCCACCAACUGAGAUUGUGGCAUCCUUCUGUCUGAUUGCUGGCGGGUUGAUCUUCAUGCUAAGUACCCGCAAUGUUGUUGAUAGUAUGGAAUACUAUAAUCUGGAUGCGAUGUUCACGUUCACUGUGGGAAUGGGAGUGACCGCCUUCAUCAUGGCUUGUGAGAUUUUGGCUAUUGCCCUCAAAGCUUGGGCGGUGAAGAAGGAGUCGCGACCACAACUGCCGCCUUACCAGUUCCCCGCCGCCUGA